UUUUCCCAUGGUCAGAGUAGAUAUUAAGUUACAGUUUCAGACUGGAUUUAAGGUUCUCGGGUUCCUUCUCUCUCUCUCUCUCACAGAGCACACUCGAGCUCGCAGGAAGAGCAUUGCCACUGCGAGACAGCCAAGCAUGGAAACCCCUCCCACUGCCCCACCACAACCCUUCAGACAACAAAGCUUCCUCAGUCGAAAGUUGAAGGGCUCCAUCAAGAGGGCAAAGAGCCAGCCUAAACUGGAUCGAACCAGCAGCUUCCGCCACAUGAUUCUACCCCGUUUCCGUAGUGCUGAUCAGGAGAGGACCCGUCUAAUGCAGAGCUUCAAGGAGUCCCACUCUCACGAGUCCCUGCUCUCCCCUAGCAGUGCAGCGGAAGCUCUAGACCUCACGCUGGAUGAAGAUGCUGUCAUCAAACCUGUCCACUCCAGCAUAUUGGGCCAGGAGUACUGCUUUGAGGUGACUACCAAUUCAGGGACAAAAUGCUUUGCCUGCCGCUCGGCCGCUGAGAGAGACAAAUGGAUUGAGAAUCUACAGAGAGCUAUCAAGCCAAACAAGGACAACAGUCGAAGGGUGGACAAUGUGCUUAAGCUGUGGAUCAUUGAGGCCAGGGACCUUCCGCCUAAGAAGCGGUACUAUUGUGAGCUGUGUCUGGAUGACAUGCUGUAUGCACGCACCACUAGCAAGCCCCGCACGGACACUGUCUUCUGGGGCGAGCACUUUGAGUUCAACAACUUGCCUGCCAUUCGCAGCCUACGCCUGCACCUUUACAAGGAGACAGACAAAAAGAGACGCAAGGAGAAGAGCACGUACCUCGGCCUGGUCACUAUCCCCAUAUCGAGCAUCACAGGCAGGCAGUUUGUGGAGCAGUGGUACCCGGUGAUCCAGCCCAGUGCUUUGGCUAAGGGUGGCGGUGUAGGCGGUGGCAAGGUCAUCAAUGCCUCAAUCCGCCUCAAGUCCCGUUACCAGACCAUGAGUAUCCUGCCCAUGGAGCUGUACAAGGAGUUCGCUGAGUACAUCACCAAUAACUACCGUACGCUGUGUGCCGUGCUGGAGCCUCUGCUCAGUGUCAAAAGCAAAGAAGAGGUGGCGUUCGCGCUGGUGCACAUUCUCCAGAGCACAGGCAAGGCCAAGGACUUCCUUUCAGACAUGGCGAUGUGCGAGGUGGAUAGAUUCAUGGACAGAGAGCAUCUGAUCUUUCGAGAGAACACCCUUGCUACUAAAGCCAUAGAGGAGUACCUCAAAUUGAUAGGGCACCGGUACCUCAAGGAUGCCAUAGGGGAAUUCAUUCGAGCAUUAUACGAGUCAGAGGAGAAUUGUGAAGUGGAUCCCAUGCGCACUCCACCGUCUGUCCUCGCCGACCACCAAGCCAACCUCCGCAUGUGCUGCGAGCUGGCACUCUGCAAGAUUGUCAACUCUCAUUGUGUGUUUCCACGGGAGCUGAAGGAUGUCUUUGCCUCUUGGAGGGUCAGGUGUGCCGAACGGGGAAGGGAGGACAUCGCAGACCGCCUCAUCAGCUCCUCCCUCUUUCUACGCUUCCUGUGUCCCGCCAUCAUGUCGCCCUCUCUCUUUAACCUCACCCAGGAGUACCCCGGAGAGCGGACAUCCCGCACUCUGACCCUCAUCGCCAAGGUGGUGCAGAACCUGGCCAGCUUCUCCAAGUUUAGUGGCAAAGAGGAUCACAUGUGUUUCAUGAAUGAGUUUUUGGAGAUGGAGUGGGGCUCCAUGCAGCAAUUCCUGUACGAGAUCUCCAACAUGGACACGGGGAGCAACGCCGGAGGCUUCGAGGGCUACAUCGACCUGGGCAGGGAGCUGUCAGUGCUCCACAGCUUGCUGUGGGAAGUCAUGGCCCAACUGAGCAAGGAUGCUAUUCUGAAGCUUGGCCCCUUGCCACGUCUGCUGAAUGACAUCAGUGUAGCCUUGAGGAACCCCCAGCUCCACCGGCAGGCCAGCCACCAGCCAGACAGACAGCAGGACAGGCUCAUCACACGGCCCUCCUUCAAUCGCAUGGUAUCAUCCGAUUUCCAGAGCCUCAUGAUGCGGGAUCUCAACAGCUCAAUAGACAUUUCCCGUCUCCCCUCCCCAACCUCGGCAUUAUCUGGGGGUGGGGUCCUCUCGUCUCAUGUCAGCAUGGGAAGCUUUGCGGAACGAGACCCCCGCGGUUCAAAGGACGUUUUCUACGUGACCCGUCCCCCCUUGGCUCGGUCCAGCCCUGCGUACUGCACCAGCAGUUCUGACAUCACUGAGCCAGACCCAAAGGUCCUCAGUGUGAACAAAAGUGUGUCCAUGAUGGACCUGCAGGACUCACGCAUGAACAGCAUCUCUAACCUCCAUUCGGUGGGUGAUAUGCUCAACUCCUCCCAGGCCUCCAUAGCAGGCCUGGGUCACAGUUUCGGGAACCUGGGAGGCCCGCUUCGCAUGGGAGGCCACAUGUCCUCCGGUGGCUCGGGGGGCUCUGGUUUGAGGCUGAGCCAGAUGGGGGGACCCCUCCACCAAAUGGGGGGUCCCACCGACUCUCUCUCCCAGCAGCAGCAGCAUGCGGCUGCCGCCAUGCACUUUCCCCUCUCCUUCCAGAACCCCCUCUUCCAUCUGGCUGCCGACGGCCCUCGGGGUCAGCCUCACAGUCGUCCUCAAGCCCAGCCGCCUCCCCCUCCGCUCUUGCUGGCCCCAGAGCUUGACAAUUCCCACCACCAACAGGGCUACGUGCGGGCGUUCGGCCACAGCGGCUUCUCGCGCAGCGAGGAUCUGUCGGCCCUGCGGCCACAGAGCAGUCUGGUGCAGCCCAGUAUUGUCCACUCGCACAGCUACAGUGACGACUACACGCGGCAGAACCAGAACGCUGAAUACGCCCGGCGCCAGCUUUCACUGCAAGUGCAGGAGAAUCUCCAGCAGCAAAUUCUUAUGGGCAUGACCCCUCAGACGGCAACAGGCAUGGGCACCCCCACCUCCUUGGCCACUCCCCCUUCCACCGUGCACCCUGUCCGUCAUGGCUCCGUAGCACCGCCUCCCCCGCAGCGCCUCAAAUCCCAGCUGUCCAUCAGCCCCGGGGCCACCUCCACCCCUCCCAAAGCCCGCCCCCAGAGCAGGAACCUCCUUCUCCAGUCGCCCGAGUCCAGCUUUGGUGGUAGGCAGCCCUCGCCACAGCAACAACAGCAGCAGCAGUUGUCCGUCAAACAGUCUGACAGCCCAGCCCCUGGUCUCCCGCGCCAGUCGAGCUCUGCCAGGGACAGCCAGGGGGCGCCACAAGGGGGCAACGGAGAGACCACUGACACCCCGACUAAGAGCUCCAAGCAGCCUCAGACCACAGACACCCCGACUAAGAGCUCCAAGCAACCUCAGCAGCAGUCCCAGCAGCAGCAACAGCAGCCUCCACAGCAGCACCUGCUCAAGCCCACAGUCAAUAAGCAGGUUUCUCAGUCCCCCUCCACCCUGACACCCAACGAGCGCACUGUGGCCUGGGUGUCCAACAUGCCACACCUCUCUGCCGACAUCGAAAUAUUGCGUAGCUCAUCAAACCUUGAGGACCUCAAGCUGAAGGAGUACUCCAAGAGCAUGGACGAGUCUCGCAUGGAUAGGGUAAAGGAAUACGAGGAGGAGAUCCAUUCUCUGAAGGAGCGCCUGAUAAUGUCCCAUCGGAAGCUGGAGGAGUAUGAGCGCAGGAUGCUUUCACAGGAGCAGCAGACCAGCAAGAUCCUAUCGCAGUACCAGAACCGGCUGGACGACAGCGAGCGCAUGCUGAGGCAGCAGCAGCUGGAGAAGGACAGCCAAAUCAAAGGCAUUAUCAACAGGCUGAUGGCUGUGGAGGAUGAGUUGAGAGAAGAGGACUCUUCCUCUCUGGGUUCAGCAGACCCCCAUGGUCUCCCCGGAGGGGGGGGAGGGACGGCCACCGCCACUGCCAGGCCCGGGGUCUCCUUUUCGGGCGUCUCCUGUGCCAGCACCCCUUGGAACGGAGCCCUCCCUCCCGUCCCACCUCCCCGCCUACACGUCAGCCACAACGGGGAGCUCCGUGGCAACCGAGCCUACCCCUCGACUACUACCAUGGCUACGCCAGCCAGGAGCACGGCAUCUUGGACCUCGGCAACAGCAACAUCAGAUCCAAGCUUAACCGGGAGGAGAGCAGUCUAAUAACGAAAUCCAAUCCAACCGUUUUACGGAGGACACCCUGGAACCUGACUGGCAGAUCAAAUGUGGGCGGAGCUGAUAUGGGUCCAGGCUUAAUCCUAUUGGCUGAAACAUAGAAGAGGUCUGCAGUACACGGCUACUCCAGAUCUUGAUUCCCCCACAACAAGCUGAGCUUUAGGAAAAUUCAAAGGGGGGAGGGUUCUUUACAUGCUAACACACCUUCUCCAGUCCCUCAUGCAUUUGCUCUCUCUUUCUCUUUCUCUCUGCAAUACCACUAAGUCUUGACCCUGGUGACAAUCAGUCCAGUAUUAGCGGUGCUGUUUACAGUAUCUACGUGUUGCAGUGACCCAUUCACGAGUGAUGAAACAUUGCAAUAUCGAACCUGUUGUUUCAAUUUUAAUAGGUAUGACAAAGCACAAUACUGAGAAAGAGAGACUUUGGGGGAUCCAAAGACCCCCCACCUCAAAUAUUCACUUCACUUAAUUAAUUCCCCUGUGACACACCUGCUACACUGAACGCGUAACCCAGUGGGUAGAAGUUUUGAUUACAGAGCUAGUGCCUGCGUGCCUGUCGUGGAGACGUGCUGCUUACGCCCAGGUUUUAUUGAAAACAAUGGGAGCAUCUCAUACUCGGUAAAAGUCAUGCGUCCAGUGUAGCAGGGCCUGUUAUCCUGUCAACCACCAUGGCGCCAAUGUUUUAUAUGUUCUUAGUAUUCAACUGAUACCCUCUCAUUCCAGAUGGUGAAUGAAAUUAAAGCAUAAUGCACAAUACUGCCCCUCAGACUAUAUCCAGUACCAGUCAAAAGUUUGGACACACCUACUCAUUCCAGGGUUUUUCUUUAUUUGUACUAU